UGUGAGCACGUGGUCCCACCGUUCCCGCUGGGCCCGUGGCUGGCUAGGCAGGCUCCAAGAUGGCCUCACCCCAAAUCUCCCUAAAAGCCUCGAGGGACACGAGGAAAGGUUCUGUGGAGACCUGGGAGGGUUCAGAAGAGCCUAGGAAGGAUUCUAAAGACAGUGGGGAAAUUAUUGACGAGGUGAAGAAAGCCACAGAAGAGGUCCAGAACAGCCUUGAUGAAGCUAGGAAGGGUUCUGCUGUCCAGAAAAAGAAGAAGAGGAGGCGUGCUAAAUGGAAGGGGUCUCUUGAACCCAAGAAGCUGGAUUUUGUCGAGGACAGUUGGCGGAAGGGAUCUCUUGAGCCCAAGAAGUUGGAUUUUGUCGAGGACAGUUGGCGGAAGGGAUCUCUUGAGCCCAAGAAGUUGGAUUUUGACGAGGACAUUUGGUGGAAGGGGUUUCUUGAGCCCAUGAAGUUGGACUUUGUCGAGGACAGUUGGCGAAAGGGGUCUCUUCAGAACAAGAAGCUGGAUUUUGCUGAUUACAAUUGGAUUUCGGUUGAUAACAGGAGAGUUUCGGUAGACAGCAAGAGGAGUUUGGUCGAUAGCAAGAAGGGUUCGGUCGAUAGCAAGAAGGGUUCGGUCGAUAGCAAGAAGGGUUCGGUCGAUAGCAAGAAGGGUUCGGUCGAUAGCAAGAAGGGUUCAGUCGAUAGCAAGAAGGGUUCAGUCGAUAGCAAGAGGGGUACGGUGGAUAGCAAGAAGGGUACGGUGGAUGGCAGGAGAUUUUCCUCCGAUAACAGGAGAGUUUCCUCUAGUGGCAAAAGGGAUUCGGUCGAUAGUAGGAAGAGCUCUGGCGCCAAUAAUUUCAGUGAGGAUAGGAGGAGUUCAGGCCAAGACAAAGAAGCGUCUCUCUCCAAUCUUGCCAAGGUGCAACACAGCAAGCUGCCAUGGGCCACCCUGUUGAGAGCAUUGGGUCGUUUUAAGCUGUCUCUCCCAGAUAUCCGUCGGUUUUAUAAUCUGUCCUCCCGUGACCCCCUGGCCUUAGACAAGGAUCGUCGGCCACGUGACAAGCACCGCAAGCCAAUCGUGAAGAAGUUCUGGGGCAACCAGCAGCCUCUCUCUAAGAUCCCGUAUAAAAUUCUGACAGGGCAUGACCACAUCGUGAGUUCCUGCCACUUUUGUAUGGAUGACACAAGGCUCCUCAGUAGCUCCUAUGACUGCUCAGUGAAGCUGUGGGACGCUGAAGAAGGAACUGUGAUUUGGGACUUUGAGCCACGACCCAAAGCUCCUGUUUUAGAGUGCAGUAUCACGGCUGACAACAGAAGGCUAGUGGCAUCAUCUUAUGAUAAAACGGUGAGGGCUUGGAACGUUGAGACAGGUCAGCUUCUGUGGAAAAUCAGGCACGAUACCUUCGUAGUGUGCUGUAAAUUCUCUCCUAACGGGAAGUACGUGCUGUCAGCCUUGGAUGUUGAUCGUGGGAUCUACCUAAUGGAUCCAGAAAGCAUCACCACCGUGAUCCAUAUGAAAGAUCAUCACCAAAGGUCCAUCACUUCAUGCUGCUUUGACCCUGACAGCCAGAAGGUGGCUUCUGUCUCCAUGGACAGGUGUAUUAAGAUUUGGGACAUCAGAUCCCGAACCACGCUGUUUACCAUACCCAAGGCUCACUCUAAUGCCAUCUCAGACUGCUGCUUCACCUUCAGUGGCCACUUCUUGUGUACCAGCUCCUGGGAUAAAAACAUAAAAAUCUGGAACAUUCACACGGGGGAGUUUCGAAACAGCGGAGCCUGUGUGACUCUGAUGAAGGGCCACGAGGGCUGUGUGAGUUCCUGCUGCAUUGCCAGAGACAGCUCUUUUCUCAUUUCUGGUGGAUUUGACAAGACUGUGGCUAUUUGGGAUGUAGGAGGUGGCUACCGGAAGUUGGCACUGAAGGGCCAUGAGAACUGGGUGACAGAUGUUGCCAUUAGCAACAACAAGAAAUGGAUCCUCUCGGCUUCAAAGGACAGCUCCUUGAGACUAUGGAAUAUUGAAGAAAUUGACAAAAUUCCUCUGGUUUCUGAGAACAAAAAGGCCAUGGGCUUAAAAGUCAGGCAGUGCAGGAAUUGUGACCAGCUUUUCUCCACCUUAGAAAGUGAACUCCAUUCUCAACUAUCCAGCAUGUGUCUGUUCUGCCAGAGAGGGGGGAAGAGCUUAUCAUCUAGCACUUCGUUGUCACCAUCAUCAUCGUCACUGGGGAGGACUGACAGCUGAUGGCUGCUGAGCCUUUGAGCACUGGCGCACAUGCCACCUGCUCCUGUACCGUGUGCUGGUGUUCUUCAGGGCUCUGUACUGAAUUCCCCUCCCAGAAUGCACCCAUCAGCCCGAGGCAGGGGCCAGGCCCUAACUGCACUCUCAGCAUGGUGCUGCCUCUUUGCCCACCACAGAACCCUUCAGAGGCAAGCACUGUUCAUUUGAAUACAGAAUAAAUCUGGAUUCCUCUGGAAAA